UCAACAAAUCGGUCGUUCAAAAUUCGUGUUCACAAAAACAUAAAUUUUCAGUUUUUUUUUCUUCCCUCAAAAAAUUUUAAGAAAUAUUUAAACCAGCUUCACGAUGUGUUGUAAGUCGUGCGAAGAACAACCAGCAUCAUGCUGCUCGACUUUCUAUGCAUUUUUCUGCAUGGGAGCAGGAUUCUUUAUGUUUAGCUUCUCGCUGCACAAUGUAAUUAUAUCAGAAGAGUCUAUUACCAUUAUGGAUUGGUUUCUGCACAUACAUGGCACUGAUUUGACGGAAAAACAGCUUUUGAUAUUGUACGCUUCGGAUUUAAUUUUUGCCUUUACGUAUGUCCUCGCAGGAGUUUUGCUAGCUUGGGGAAUCAAAAGCAAAACAAAGGGAUUUAUUAAAGCUGGAAAGAUCUUAAGCUAUUUCUUUCCCAUAUAUAAUAUUGUUUAUGUAUUUCCAUUAGUUAUACAUAUUGGCUGUGUGAUAAAAUUAUGCAGAUAUCUAAAGGAAAACUUUGAUUAGAGCAGAGUUGGAUAUUCUCAAACCUAAUAAAUUCGACGAUAACAAAAUUGACUGUCACAAGGAUGCAACAAAGGAUACAUUUGUAUAUAUAUAUACAUAAUUGUGGACUCAUUUCAGCUUUUACAAUAGUUAACAUAAUUUAUACGUGGAAAAAAUGCACAGCAAGAAAAUUAUUCGGUAAUUCGCAGUGCCGACCGAUGAUCAAAAUUGACUUUGCUUUUGAGUGUUGUAAUAGAUACAUAUAUCCUAUUACCAUCUAAUACUGUAAUCAUUUGUCUACGGCAUUUUUACUUUGUAAAAAUAUUCAGCAGUAUAAGGAAAUCGUGAAAAUUCAAAGUGGCUACGAAUCGGAUAGACUGAAAUUUGCAAUGCAAUUCAAAAUUUGUAUUAUAGCAGCAAACCAAUUUCAUUCCGAGGAAAAUUUUUUGUGAAACUAUAUACCAAAAUAAGUGAAAACUGUAUUAAAAUAAAUAUUUUC